CUUUUGUUUCAUGGAGGUAAAACUAUUUUUCCUUCUGAUAGCAUUAUUGGUGACUCUCUCAUCUUCAAAUUCCACAUCAAUUAUUGUGUUUGAAUCUCGAACAUCGGUUAGUGGAAGAAGCUUACUUAGUGCCAAGAAACAAUGUGAAGUGGACUUUCAGAGUAAGAACUACACGGAUCUGACGAGACAGUGCAGAGGUCCGACGUAUCCAGCGACAGAAUGUUGCGCGGCGUUUAAACAGUUUGCAUGUCCUUACGCGCAUCAAAUCAACGACUUGAAUACCGACUGUGCCAAGGUAAUGUUCAGCUACAUCACCGUUCACGGUAACUAUCCACUUGGCCUUUUCGCCAGCGAGUGCAAAGAAACGAAAGUGGGACUCGUUUGCCCUUCUUCACCUCGCGUUUCAGCCGCUCCUCAUCACAUCACGCUGGUGGUCUCUGCCGCAACCGCUGUUUUGGCUUUUCUAGUGUUGGUUUAACAAUGAAAAGUAGUAGCACUCCAACAAAAUAAACGUAUCUUUUGAUCCUGUAACCAUUAAUGUUAACAAGAACUGUGUAAAGCCAAAAGAAAUGAACAGAGUUUGCUAAAAAUAACCAAAAGGGUCAUGUGGGUAUAGCAAUAUCAGAAAAACUCUGGUAACAAUUGAGACAUGAACAUCGAAAUUACUGUUAGCAGCAACACUAACUGUAUAAGGAAACAUGAAAUGAUCUUACAUGCUCUCUUCUUGAUGGUUCAAGUGGUUUCAAGCAUAGACCUUGUUUCUUCAAGCUUGAUCUCCAGCUUUUCAACGUUGCUCACCAGGGUUAUAAUCUCUGAGAGAGGUGAGCUUAUGUCAUUGGCUCCUUCAUGAAGUUGUGGUAUCGGUUCCUUUCCGAUCUCCCGGAAUUGCUGAAUUGCAUAGGGAGUCACAUUAGGUUUGAUAAGCAUUCAUGUGAUAGUAUAUCCGGUGGUUGAUUCCACCAGGAGAAUGCAGACUUAUAACAAUCAGCCACAGCGCACACAGAAUGGCUACCUUUUUCAAGAGGACUUGCUACUCCGAUCAUCAUCCCCAAGCAUCUCUAAACCAUCACCGCCGGUACUCUUUAACAUAUUCACAGAGCCACGCAGACCACGUGAUCAAAUCAUUUUUUGCCCUCUCAGCAACAAGGUCACGCAUUUGUGGCCGACCGUCAUUCGACGUUCUCAUACAUACCGUUGACUAUAGCAAUUUUAAUGUCUUUGUAGUAUAAUGAUGCAUCUAUGUCAGGUAAUAUGAACCCAAAAUAAUACUCUAGCGGAAAAAAACCAUGAAAAGAAAACUCAUAUGUUUGGAUCACAUAUGCGUAACUUAUCAUGUUAAAUAUCAUUUACAUACAUGCGUAUAAAUAUCAUGCCACUGGGGCUUGCGGUAUUAUUACUUGCAUGUAAGGAAAUGUUGGGGGUGAAUGAUUCAACUACACCUAAAAGGCUAAAAGAAAGGACAUGCAUCAAUAACAAACACAGAAUUACAAGGCCACAACCAUAACACACACUAAUGUCGUUUUUAAUCUUACAUCUGAGAGGGAUUAGGACAAAUGCAAUGGCUACACACUCA